AUGGCGGCGCCCUGCGAAGUGGCCGCGGCAACCUCGGGCGAAAGUGAUGGUGGUGGUGGGGGUUUUGGAUCCUGGCUGGGACGGUUGGAGGCGCUGGGAGUGGACCAAGCCGUUUACGGUUCCUACAUCCUUGGUGUCCUGCAGGAGGAGGAGGAAGAAGAGAAGUUGGACGCUCUGCAGGGUAUCCUGUCUGCUUUUCUGGAAGAAGAUUCACUCCUUAAUAUCUGCAAGGAGAUUGUGGAACGAUGGUCUGAAACUCAGAAUGUUGUCACCAAAGUGAAAAAAGAAGAUGAGGUACAGGCCAUUGCCACCCUCAUUGAGAAGCAGGCACAGAUUGUGGUGAAGCCCAGGAUGGUGUCGGAAGAGGAAAAACAGAGAAAAGCUGCCCUGCUGGCCCAGUAUGCUGAUGUAACAGAUGAAGAGGAUGAAGCAGAUGAGAAGGAUGAUUCAGGUGCCACCACGAUGAACAUUGGUUCAGAUAAUCUGUUUCGAAACACCAAUGUAGAAGAUGUCCUCAAUGCUCGGAAAUUGGAGAGAGACUCACUUCGGGAUGAGUCCCAAAGAAAGAAGGAACAGGACAAGCUGCAGAGGGAGAGAGACAAACUAGCCAAGCAGGAGCGCAAGGAAAAGGAAAAGAAAAGGACACAGAGAGGGGAGCGAAAGCGAUAACCCUGGCCUGUUCAAUUCUUCCCCUGCUUCAAGAACUUGAUGAAAAGGAAAACUGGCUUUGCAAAUGUGUAUUUAAGAGAAAUGAGAAAACAUUGCAUAGUUCUUUCCCAAGGCAUUUCCCUUUUGUUUACAUGGUCAAAAGGAAAAUCACVAUCACUUUUAAUUACAAAAAUGUGCCAUGUUUUGCUGAUGUGGAUGAUCAGAUAAUUAAUGUCUGUACCAAAGAGCUGCAAUUGGGGCAAUCUUUAUAUUUUAAUACUGAAGUUCUGUGCUCCUUUUGGCUCCUUUUUUAUAAAAUGUCUUCCCUCACCUAAUUUUCCUUGAAUAAAUAGGAUUCAGAAAGCUAACAGGGUUUUCUUCUGGGAGAAGAAACAUGACCGUUCCUCUGAGAUGAAAAGUGCAAGUAUAAAUUACUUCAGAGGUAAUAUUUACUCCUAAGUGUAGUAUAGUUUUAUGGCUGAUAUAUAAASCUAAUCAGGAAGCUGUAAUUCCAGCUCCUGGGGAGGCUGAGGCAGGAGGAUUACAAGUUGAGGCCAGUUUGGGCAAAUUAGUGAGA